CACACACACACACACACACACACACACAGUGGUUUUGGCUGUUGAAAAAACACCGUGUUUUUAUACUUUUGUUUUAAAAUAUGUUUCCACUCUCAUCCGUUGUGCAGACACUUAGAAACUACUUUCUGAACAGAUAAAGCAAAUUAACUAUACACUUCUGGGAAGGCUUUGGCAAUCAGUCACACUUAAAAAUUGUAAACUCUACAUAAAAGCCACAUUCAUCUCAGAAAACCAAUAAAGUAGAACAGAUUUACGAUGAGAAAAACUGAUAAAAAAAUCCACUCUGAACUGUAACAGCAACUUAUUAAUGACUCCAAAAAGUCAGUGGUUUCCCUGGCUAAAGAGUGUCUAUUUAAGUACUAAUGGAGGUGUGAGUAUUAUUGAACCUGCAUGUAUAACAAUGACCAUGUUUGGAUUAGAAGAAAUCAGCAAGAAGUUCAAAGUUGGGAGCCCAGUGCUAAUCGUUUAGGUUUAAUGUGCUAUCUAAAUAUUGCACCCUGUAAAAAGAGUGAUGCAAAUGUCUUAACGGCCCAACAUUGUUCUGAUAUUCAUGCCAAUGGUGAGGAAAUGCAGACUUUUGCUUAAGUCUUAUAUAACACAUUUGAUAUACGAUUCUCUCUGAAUAGUUAUUGGAAUUCUGUUCUUUUUGAUACUUAAUCAUUUAUCUGCUAUGCUGAAGAAGCACAGCUGAUAAGAACUGCUCUAAGUGUGAUUAAUGGACUCUUGCCAACUUGUUUUUAAUAAACUUUAAAAUGCGAAUAAAGGUAUUAUUUCUUAUUCUUUUGUUAAACACUUAUCUAAUGAACUCACCUUUGCAAAUUAGUGGCUUUGAAUUCCAAAGUAAUCUCUUUCUGAAGCAUUCAAUCUGCCACAUCAUUAGUGUUAUUAUCAUUAUUAUGAUAGAUCUUGCGGUUAACUUCUCAGCAUUGGAUGUUUAAGGAGCAGCAGGACGGCUGAUAAGAGUUUUACUAAAUGAUUCACAAAACGAAGACAGCUAUUGAUUUGCUACGCUUUACUUGGAAUUGUGCAACAGUAAAUGUUAGGGGUAACUGUUGUGUAAGCAUUAAUCGUACAUGACACAAGCUUGUGUCAGAGUCCAGUCCAGUCAGGUUGGAGUCUCCUGCACCAUUCAGACAGUCAGAGGCUCAUUCCUGUCUUAUCUUCUCUAUGGCUUCAGCUGAGACAGAGCGCGGAGCUCCUUUCUCGCUGGACUCCUACUAUGUUUCAGAAGAACUGGGCUUUGUGCUUCCAGACCCCCUGGAAAACCUUCCACCUUAUUACCAGCCAUGGAUGGAAAUUGCCCUGCAUGUGCCAGAACUUGUGGACAGUCAUGACCUGCGCUCCCAUAUCAACAAGAUGCCUCUGCUGAGCACCGAGUUUCUCCAAAACCACAGAGAGUUAAGGCUUGCCCACCUGGUCCUUAGCAUGGUAACCAUGGGCUACGUGUGGCAAGAAGGUGAAAAUGAUACAGUGGAGAUGCUGCCAAGAAACCUCGCUGUUCCUUACUGGGAGGUGUCACAGCGCUUAGGACUUCCAUCAAUUCUCACCCAUGCAGAUGCAGCGUUAGCUAACUGGAGGAAGAAAGAUCCAGAGGGACCUUUUGAACUGGAGAACCUGGAGGUGCUGGUCAGACUCCCAGGUGGUGACAGUGUCAAAGGUUUCUUCUUGGUCACUCUGCUGGUGGAGCUUGCAGGAGUCCCUGCAAUAAGGAGCAUUCCCGCAGUCAUCAACGGUGUCAGGUGUGGCGACACGGAGGCUGUGACCAAAGCACUGGAGAACAUUGGCCAGUCCAUACAGGACAUGAAUGAUGCACUUAAACUAAUGCACGUGUAUGUGGACCCGUCAGUCUUUUACGGCGUUAUGAGGAUCUUCCUGUCUGGAUGGAAGGACAACCCAUGUAUGCCGAAGGGCCUUAUUUACGAAGGCGUCCAGACAGAACCGGUAGAGUUUUCUGGAGGAAGCGCUGCACAAAGUAGUCUGCUGCACUGCUUUGAUGAACUACUAGGAGUCAAACAUGAAGAAAAAAGUCGUGCCUUUCUGACACGCAUGAGGAACUACAUGCCACCUGCCCACCGGAAACUGAUCCAAGACAUUUCUUUGCAGCCAUCCCUGAGGGGUUUUGUGCAGCAGCAGGCCAACGAGGGCCUUAGCAAGGCAUUUGAUGACUGUGUGUCAAAACUGUUGGCCUUGCGCAGCUACCACAUCAAUGUCGUGACCCGCUUUAUCACUGUACCUGCUGCCAAAGCUCGGCAACUGCGCAAAAACAGCCACGAGUCAGACGGGGAGAUAGUCAGCAGAGCCCCCACGUCGCUGGAGGAGAGGGGCACCGGUGGGUCUGGCAUCAUGACCUUCCUGAAAACUGUGAGGGACACAACAAAAGACGUCCUUUUGCACGAGGCAAGGAAAGAAACUGUCCACGAGAACUGUCAUCAAUGAGGAUAUAAAUAAAAUCAGCUCUGCUGUAGAAACACAAUUUUAUAUGUUAAUAAAAUUGUCACGUUUGUCAAAAUGA